AUGCUCAACAUUGUCGUGGGCUUCUUCCAGGAGUUCCAAGCUGCCAAGACCAUGGACUCCCUCCGCUCGCUAAGCUCCCCCACAGCUCAUGCCGUGCGUGACGGGGAAAAUGAGGUUGUCGUGACUGCUGAGAUUAUCCCUGGUGGCUUAGUUGCGCUCAAGACGGGUGACACCAUCCCUGCCGACAUCCGCCUCAUUGAAGCUGUCAACUUCGAGACCAACGAGGCUCUCCUCACUGGCGAGUCUCUCCCUGUCCGAAAUGAAACGGCGUCCAUUUUCUCUGACGAUACCGGCCCUGGUGGCCGCCUCAAUGUUGUCUAUAGCUCGGCGACUGUCCCCAAAGGUCGUGCUCAUGGUAUCGUCUUUGCUACUGGUAUCUACCCCGAAAUCGGCCAGAUCGCUGUUGCUCUCCGUGGCAAGUCCUCUCGUCGCCGUGAGCCCAAGCGCCGCGAGGAUGGAAGUCUCUGGACUCGUCGUUGGAUCGCAAAAUGUCCAAGCUGGCCAUUCUUCUUUUGGGAACUUCUAUUGUCUCUCAUUAUUGUCCUCGGCGCCAACGAGUUCAACCCCAAGCGGGAAAUCAUCAUCUACGCUGUCGUCACUGGCUUGUCCAUGAUCCUGGCUUCUCUGAUCGUCGUUCUUACUAUUACCAUGGCCGUUGACACGAAGCGCAUGGCCCCGAGGAACGUCAUUGUCCGCAACCUCAAGAGUCUCGAGGCUCUUGGUGGAGUCACCAAUAUCUGUUCUGACAAGACAGGUACCCUUACUCAAGGCACCAUGAUCGUCAAGAAGGUAUGGUUUCCUGGCCGUGGCACCUAUUCUGUCGGCGCCACUAGCGGGCCCUUCAAUCCGACCCAGGGCAACUCGGCCUCCAGGAUGCUCAGCCCAAGGACAUCGACUUCCAGCAUAGUGGCACCGAAGACAACCCCCAUGAACUCCGAGGAGGUCGUCGCCUGGGAUUCCACGCUUCAGGAAUACUUAAACGUUGCUUCUCUGGCUAACCUCGCCACUGUUUAUCAGGUUGAAGGCGAAUGGCAUGGUCGUGGUAACCCCACUGGGAUUGCUAUCCAGGUCUUCACCUCGCGAUUUAACUGGAACCGUCUCCGCAUCGUUACCGGAGAGAAGCCUCAAUGGCACGAGGUUGCCGAAUUCCCGUUCGACUCUGACGUGGAGAUGUCUGUCAUUUUCGAAAAAGACCAGUCGCAGAAGCAAUGGGUCUUCACCAAAGGCGCCGUCGAGCGAGCCAUCUUCUCUUGCCCUCGCUAUGCUGUCAGUGAUGAGAUCAAGCGGCUCAUUCCCGUUGUUGAGCAAUCUGUCCUCAGAAACAUGGAAGCACCUCCCCGACUUGGACUCCAGGUUCUCGCCCUGGCUAGCCGAACUGAUAUUCGCCACGUUGUCGAUAACGAAGCUGAACUGGACCGAGAUCUUUUCGAGACUGACCUUGUCUUUCCACGGUCUUAUCGGCCUGUAUAA